AAGAAAGGAAAUAAUAGAAAAACGACAGAAGCCUUAAAGCAAUAUUAAUUAAAUUAAACUAGAAGGGCUUUUAUAGUCCGUGAAACUUUAUUAAAAAAAGAAAGAUUGAAUCAAUCCUUUAAACCACCGCCUUCUCGUUCAAAUUCUUUGAAAAUGCAAUUCUACGCAAACGUAUUGUUUUUAUUAAGUGUUUUGGGUAGUGCUUGUUCGCAAUGCUCAUGGGAAUUCGUACGCACGACAAUGGAUAUUAAAUGUAAUUUGCGUGCAAUUGAUCCAACGGCUCCUUUGGAUUUGCAAGUCGCCGAAACGGCUACACGUUUACAAAUCGCUUGCUCUAGUGAUGUUUUACACGCAAGUGAAUUGCCUUCGAAUGCUUUCGCGCGUUUACAAAAACUUUCCGAAUUGCAUUUGGACUCGUGCAAAAUGCAACGUAUUAACGCGAACGCCUUUGAAGGUCUUAUGUCUUUGAAAAGCCUAACGGUACAAACUUAUAAUGCUAUUUGGGGUCCCGGUAAGACGUUGGAAAUAUUACCUCAAUCAUUUUACGGUUUACGCGAACUAAACGAACUGCAUUUGGGUGAUAAUAAUAUACGUCAACUACCGGAAGGCGUUUGGUGUGCAAUGCAAAAUUUGCAAAUUUUAAAUUUAACUAUGAAUCGUAUACGAGCGGCCGAUAGUUUAGGGUUUUCGGAGAAACUUUGCACCCUAAAUGGGGCCAGUGGUGGAGCAGAAUUACAAAUUCUCGAUGUAUCAUAUAAUGAAUUGAGGGCUUUACCUGAUGUCUGGGGAGGCUCACGGCUACGACGUUUGCAACAAUUAAGCCUUCAGCAUAAUAACAUUACCACUUUAGCAGCCAAUGCUUUGGCUGGUUUAAGUUCAUUGCGCGUUCUUAACUUAUCCUAUAAUCAUUUGGAAACUUUACCAUCCGAAGCUUUUGCUGGCAAUAAAGAAUUAAGGGAAAUUCAUUUACAAGGCAACGAGUUGUAUGAUUUACCGAAAGGUUUGUUUCAUCGUUUGGAACAAUUGUUGGUUUUGGAUUUAAGCGGCAAUCAAUUAACGUCUCAUCAUGUUGACAAUAAUACAUUUGCUGGCUUAAUACGUUUAAUAGUGCUUAAUUUGGCUAAUAACGCUUUGACACGCAUUGGUUCGAAGACAUUCAAGGAAUUGUAUUUUCUGCAAAUCUUGGAUAUGCGCAACAAUUCUAUUGGCCAUAUAGAGGAUGGUGCUUUCUUGCCUUUGUAUAAUCUGCAUACAUUGAAUUUGGCCGAAAAUCGUUUACAUACAUUGGAUAAUAAGAUAUUUAACGGGCUUUACGUGCUAACAAAACUCACGUUAAAUAAUAAUCUCGUUAGCAUAGUAGAAACGCAAGCCUUUCGAAACUGCUCAGAUUUAAAAGAGCUUGACUUGAGUUCCAAUCAAUUGGCCGAGGUACCGGAAGCUAUACAAGAUCUUAGCAUGCUGAAAACUUUAGAUUUAGGAGAAAAUCAAAUUUCCGAUUUCCGAAAUGGAACGUUUAAAAAUUUAAAUCAGCUAACUGGCUUGCGUUUAAUAGAUAAUCGCAUUGGUAAUAUUACCAUUGGCAUGUUUACUGAUUUGCCACGUUUGAGUGUUCUGAACUUAGCUAAAAACCGCAUACAGGCCAUUGAACGCGGCGCCUUUGACAAGAAUACGGAAAUCGAAGCCAUACGAUUGGAUAAGAAUUUUUUGACAGAUAUUAAUGGAAUUUUUGCUACCCUGGCUUCGUUGCUAUGGUUAAAUCUGUCAGAGAAUCAUUUAGUGUGGUUCGACUAUGCCUUUAUACCGUCAAAUCUUAAAUGGUUGGACAUCCACGGUAACUACAUCGAAGCAUUAGGUAAUUACUAUAAACUGCAAGAGGAGAUACGUGUAACGACUUUAGAUGCCAGUCAUAAUCGUAUAACCGAAAUUGGUGCUAUGUCUGUGCCAAAUUCUAUUGAAUUACUAUUCAUCAAUAACAAUAUCAUAAGUCAGGUGCAGUCUAACACAUUUGUCGAUAAAAGUAAAUUGACUCGUGUCGAUUUAUAUGCGAACGUUUUGUCAAAGUUGACUUUAAAUUCCUUGCGGGUGGCUCCUGUUACUGCUGAUAAACCGGUGCCUGAGUUCUAUUUAGGUGGUAAUCCCUUUGAAUGCGAUUGUUCAAUGGAAUGGUUGCAACGCAUUAAUAACAUGACCACCCGCCAGCAUCCUCGCAUUGUCGACUUAGCCAAUAUUGAAUGUUUAAUGCCACACAGUCGCAACUCACCCAUACGGCAAUUGUCUGCUUUAAGCAGCAGUGACUUUGUGUGCAAGUACGAAUCGCAUUGUCCGGCUACUUGUCAUUGCUGCGAUUUUGAGGAAUGCGAUUGCGAAAUGGUUUGUCCGGACAAUUGCACUUGUUUUCAUGACGCGACAUGGUCUACGAAUAUUGUGGAUUGUGGAAAACAAAAUCGUAUUAGUUUGCCGCAACGUAUACCGCACGACGUUACGGAUCUUUAUUUGGAUGGCAACAAUUUGCCAGCCCUCGAUAAUCAAGUGUUUGCUGGCAAGCGCAUCUUACGGGCACUCUAUCUGAAUUCAUCGAAUAUCGUUGCCAUUUCGAACGGAACUUUUGUCGAGCUCAAUAUGUUACGCGUAUUACAUCUGGAAAAUAAUAAAGUGCAGACGUUAGAAGGCUAUGAGUUUCGACAAUUGUCGCUGUUGCGUGAAUUGUAUUUGCACAAUAAUCUCCUAACGCAAAUUUCGAAUGCGACCUUCGCGCCAUUGGUAUCGUUAAAAGUGUUGCGUCUAGAUAAUAAUCGUUUAACAUCAAUGCCCAUAACUCAAUUAUCCAACCUGCAGUAUCGCAAUAACCUGCAAGGACUAACUAUAGGACGUAAUGCAUGGUCUUGCCGCUGUCAAUUUUUACAAGCUUUAGCUCCAUUCGUGACUGAUAACGCCAUUAUCAUACGCGAUGCUCAGGAUAUCUAUUGUGUGGACAAUGGAGUGAAGCGGGAGUUGGAUUUAUUUACCCAAAAUGGUGUUGACUGCAAUGAGUUGCUGGAAAAUGCCAGCAAUAUGGCUUCGCAGGAUAUAUCCGGCGGUUAUGUCCCUUUACUGGCAGCAGUUCUCGUUCUAAUUUUCCUUAUUGUCGUGCUUAUAGUGGUAUUUGUCUUCCGCGAGUCCGUUCGCAUGUGGUUAUUUGCCCAUUACGGGGUACGAGUAUGCGAACCGAGAUUUGAAGACGCUGGAAAAUUAUACGAUGCCAUCAUUUUACAUUCAGAAAAGGAUUAUGAAUUCGUUUGCCGCAAUAUUGCUACAGAAUUAGAACAUGGGCGACCUCCAUUUCGCUUAUGUAUACAACAAAGAGAUUUACCGCCACAAGCAAGUCAUUUACAAAUUGUGGAGGCAGCACGAGCCUCACGUAAGAUCAUAUUAGUAUUGACUCGUAAUUUGUUGGCUACUGAAUGGAAUCGUUUAGAGUUUCGUAAUGCUUUUCACGAGGCACUAAGAGGUUUGGCUCAGAAAUUAGUUAUUAUUGAAGAAACCAAUGUUUCUACCGAAGCAGAAGACGUCGCUGAACUGGCCCCUUAUUUAAAAUCAGUGCCUUCUAAUCGUCUAUUAACGUGCGAUCGUUAUUUUUGGGAGAAAUUAAGGUAUGCCAUACCCAUUGAAUUGUCGCCACGCGGUAACAAUUAUACCCUAGAUCAUCAUGAGCGUUUUAAACAGCCAGUAUCGCCUGGGGUACUAUUUCGGCAAGCACCGCCCCCACCGGCCUACUAUCAAGAAGAUAUGGAUGCUAAUUAUUCGUCAGCUACUACGGCUACACCGUCACCACGCCCCAGCCGUCACGGACAGCGUUUAGUCGAUGCCAUACCCAUGAGGCCGCCUAGUGAACAUAUCUAUCACAGCAUAGAGUCCGAGUAUAGUGCUUACGAACAACAGGAAGCUUUAUCUAUGAUACCGAAUGGUAGUAGUGCAGCUAGUUUUCAUCAUCAUCAUCAACAACAUCAUUUAGCGGCACCAAGUAACGCGUUUCGCCAUAGCAACAAUCCGCGGCUGUCAGUGGUUGGCGGUCAACAACAGUGGCGUCCCAGUAUAAGUAAUACCGCGACCAAUCAGCAAGCAACAGCCCCGGUACAUUUGCGUACAGGCAGUAAUUUAAGUCAGGCUAGCACCAGCACACAAUCAACUGCCGCUACAGCGCAAACUCCCCAACCACAAGCCUCUACAUCGGCAGCUGCUGCCACAAUAUCAGGUGUAAGUUCAACAACCACCAACGAGGGUUCACAAUCGGCGUCGUCAUGCAGUGGCACAGCGGCUACGGCAAACGCAACAACAACAACUGCGAAUAAAAACAAUAGUCAGGCAUUUUUAGUGUAAGAUCGCAAUAGCUUUCGACAAAAGACAACAAAUGACAGAGAAAAGGAAAGGGGAAACGCACACGUACACGUAUGCUUGGUGUGCGAUGAGUGUUUUGUUUUGUUUUUGCGCAAAUCAACCUCAACGCGAAAAGCAACGCAAGUAACCAACCAACCAAACAGACAGUCAGCCAACCAGCCAGUCAGCCAGCCAGCCAUUAAGGACGCCAUAUUUAUGGUAACGUAAUUUAAAAAAAAAAGCGCCAUUUGUAUAUAGAGUAAAAUAAAAUUAAAGCAAGAACAACAAUAACAAAAGUAAAAACCGAAAAAAGACAAAGAACACGACACGCAAUUGCAGAGAAUACGCGCUUAAGCGUAAAAUGACAACGUAAAUAAUGAGUGAAGAUGCAAAGAAGCGGAAGCAAAACACUAAGUGAUAUGGUGACAAAAAAA